AUGGCGCUUAGCCGCCUUUUCCAAAUCGAACGGCGAUUGAAUAGAGACUCCAGCUACGCCAAACGAUACGAUGACGUCAUCCAAGAAUACGUAAAACUUGGCCAUGCUCGUCUCUUAUCCACCGAAGAAGCUAAACGGAGAAUACCAAAGACAAACUAUAUGCCUCAUACGAGCUUGACAACAAAAACAAGAGUGGUCUUCGACUGUUCAGCAGAGUGUGAAGGUACCUCCUUAAACAAAAAUCUUCUUCGUGGACCGAACUACCUUCUAAAUUUACUUGGAAUAAUCUUGCGCUUUCGCAAGCACCAAAUUCACAUCAGUAGUGACAUCGAGAAGAUGUACCAUCAAGUUUUAGUUCCAGAGGAGUAUCAAGAUGCCUUUCGAUUUUUGUACCAGUCGCCUAAUAGCACGUCGACACCGCAUACUUACAGAAUGAUAGUUCAUGUCUUUGGAGCCAUCUCGUUGCCGUCGACUUGCUUGUUCGCCUUAAAUAAAACAGCCGAAGACAACAAAACGAAAUUUCCAGACGCAGCAGCCAGCGUAAGAAUAAGUUUCUACGUCGACAACUAUUUGGAUUCGUUCAAUUCGGAAGAAGAGGCAAUCAAACGGGCCCGCCAGCUAAAGGAACUGUCGCAGCUGGGGGGUUUUAAUCUCAACAAGUGGUCGUCGUCGUCAAGAAAGGUCAUAGCAGCGCUUAAACCAUUAGGCUUGGCCAAACCAGAACUGGAUUUAGACUUGGACAAAUUGCCUAUAGAUCGCGCCCUUGGGAUUCCUUGGGACAGGGAAAUCAAUGCGUUCACUUUCAAGGUGGGAGAGGAAAUUCAGUUGCACGCCACGCCUACUAAAAGAAAUCUCGUAAAUGUGGUGGCCACUGUAUACGAUCCGCUUGGGUUCGUCGCUUCAGUGGUGUUCGCCAUGAAGAUGUUGACGCAAGAAGUAUGGCGAACCAAGUUGGAUUGGGACGAAGAGCUACCCGAACACUUGAAAUGUCGAUUUCAAAAAUGGUGUCAAAGUUUGUCAAAUUUAGCACGCAUCACAGUUCCCCGAUGCCUAGUAAACGAAGAACAUCCAACAACUCAACGGAUACACAUCUUUGCUGACGCCAGUCAACUAGGGUUUGGAGCAGUUGCAUACGUGCGAACAACGUACGCCAGUGAAAGGGUCGACAUAUCUUUCAUCAUGGCCAAAACGCAUGUUGCACCGCUAAACAACUCUCGAUCCCUCGGCUCGAACUUCAAGGAGCUGUCGAAGCUUUACACCUGGCCACAAUAA